ACCGGGAAGCUUUGUGCGUGUUUGUGUUUCUUUUUUUACGCCAAAGAUUUAUCUCCUGAAGCAGUCUGCGUCUCCGUGCGGCGGAGCUGAAGGCGCGAGCUGACGGUAGAAUGGGCGAAUCCCUCCGGUUUCCACUGUAACUCUGGAAAUGGAGCCCACAUUCCCGCGGGGAGACAAAGAUGAGGUCCAUGUGGAGGAGCCGGGACGUUUGCGUGCCGUGAGGAUGCGUGGUGAGGGGCUACUGUGGGACGACCCUCUGCACUUCUCGUGGCUGAUGGAGGCCGAGUCGUUCACAUCGUCAGUGCAGGCAGGUGGUCCCAUGCCCGGCACAGCCAUGACACUCGAGCAGAAGACCACCUUCGCCUUUGUCAUCUUCCUCUUCGUCUUCCUCUGCAUGCUGAUUGUGCGCUGCUUCCGUAUCCUGCUGGACCCCUACCGCAGCAUGCCCACCUCCACCUGGGCUGAUGGCCUCGAUGGCCUUGAGAAGGGCCAGUUUGAUUACACACUAGCAUAAGGAAGGCGUGCGCACUCUCUCUCUCUCACUCACACACACACACACACACACACACACACAAAACACCUUGUGAAAUGAAUCAUAGACAACCUUAAAGUAAAUAAUGAUUUACAUGCAGACAUCAUGUGAUGUAUAUUACACAUGUCUAAAAAUACUAUAUACACACACUUUGGUAAGGAGACUAAAUGUGACACAAUAUAAAGUAAAAAAAAAAAAAAUAGGUGCAUGGUUAGUAAAAUGUCAAGCUUGACAAAAAUAAAAAACGUUGAGUCUCUCACACACACACACACACACACACACACGGUGUUUUCUGAAAGGAGCAGUCAGGGAUUGUGAGUGCUGCCAGAGGCAGUUUCGGACUGGCGUGUGCCCCUCUGUGCCGCUGUAAGCCUGGUGACACUCGUACAGGGUAACCCAAGUGCUGCUCCUUCAACUUCCUGCAAACACCCAGCACUCGUUUCCUCUUCUCACCGACACCAUUGGUAUCUGCACUGUUGUAUACUGCCAAGUAGACAUCUUUAGAUGAUAUGUCCUUUUGAAGACCCUUUAUAAGCACUUCAUAAAUACUACAUAGGUGAAUGCUUUUGCCAAUAAAAGUAAGCCUUAAGGUAUGCACUGUUAUCAAUGCAGCUUAGUUUAGUCAGACUUAGCAAUUAGGAUGUGUUUGUGCAGUGCUUAUGGCUUCAUAAAGGACCACUUAUUCGAUUAUUCUCAUUUUGACAUAGGCAAGUACUCUAGACAGCACCUGUGGCUGAGUUUGUAGCCCAGUGUGAACCUUAAAGACAAUUGGAUUCUUGUAUGUAAUUAAAACAACAGUAGUUUAAGAAGUGAUCGUAGGCUACAGUCAGCAUAUACUGCCUCAUUAGCACAAGAAAUUGAAUUUAGAUCGGUUCCAUUUUAAUAACCGGUCAGCCCUUAUUCGCUUUGUCAGCCUUUCCAUUUGAAGCCGUAGCCGCAGGAGCCAUAAUCACUAAUUUGCCUUGAGAAAAUUAAUCGUUAAGAGCAAAUGAUGAAGAAAGGCUACUUUUCAGAGGCGUCUCCUUAAUCAUCCAUAUGGUGAUAAAAAUGUCUGUCACAUUCGUCCAGAAUUUGGCCUAAUUGCACUGGAGUCGUUCUCCUUUUUUAGCGCUUUUAGUCUUUUUACCCAUCAGCCUGCCAAAUGAUGUUCCUUUGCACUUUUGUGUUGUCUCACCACUGUGAAUGAGCCAAUGAGAAACUAAGAGCACUUAAGGAAUGAGUUGAACUGCCAGUGACUUUGAUUACGACUGCCACUGUUUUGCAUGCACAAAGCCACAUAUGAAUGUGUACGAGAAACUUAAAAGCACUGAGUAGUGCAAUGGGACUUGAUAGAUGUUUUCAAUGCAAAUGAUACUGUCAGUUAAGAUGAGUUCACUGUGAGGAUCUGCUUCACUUCUUUGUGAAUAACCUUGAGGAUGCUUUAUCACCAAUGCACAAAUAAGAAAGAAACAGUAGAAACUCUCGAUUCGAUUCGAUUCGGAGAUAUUUAGACCUAAAUACUGUUAGAACAAGACAGGAAUAAUGAGAUUGUAAAAAGGAGGUUAUAGGUUUUCAAUAGUGUAUUGCUUAUGAAGCUGAAU